CUUAAACAAAAUCAUCAAAAUGAAGCUUUUCAUUGCAAUUCUCGUCGCUGUCUUUAUCGCCACAGCUCAUUCUCAAAAAGGCAGCAAACCAAGCCACAAAGAAUUUCAAAAAGCUGUCAAAGAUGCCGCAACUUUUGUAAACACAUUCAGUGGUGACAACGAUCAGUUCCAGGCAGCUGUCAGUGAAAUGUGCGCAAAAGCUCCUCAAGGAUUGUCGCAAGCUCAAAAGAAUCAAUUUGAAAAUGCUGUUUGUGACAGAAUCAAGGAAACUUCAGACUAUCAAUGUGAUGAUUUAAAGGCUGCGAUGGCAAAUUGUUAGGAAGGAAGUUGAAGCGAAUUUUUCCCAUUUUAAGAGUGAUUAAAUUGUUGAUUUUAUGAGUUUAGUUUAUGCACUUAAUUAUUAAAUAAAUGAUUUUUAUUUGAGCA